CUUGCCUUGGCCUCUCUUGACACACUCUACACAACACACAGCCAUCGAGAUAGAUAAAUACCCCUCCCUACAUACCUACCGAAUCGUCGGAGAAAGGGACCGACGGACCCCUGAAUGAAUGGAUGGAUGGAUGUGUGUGGAUGUGUGUGUGUGUAUGUUUGUGUGUGUGGGUGUAACCAUCCAUCAUCUGUGCCUCUACGGUAGGUACGUGUUUAAGUCAAGUAGGUAGGCGAAGCGAAGAAGGAAGACAGGAAGUCGGUUGCUCUCUCUCUCUUGCAUGGCACGCAUCCAUUGACAGACAUCCAUCGAAUCGAUUCAUCUCAUUCUCAUCUACGCCACAAGGCAAGGCAAGGUCACUCACUAGCUGGCACACACUGCAGUGCCCUCACACCAUAUUGACACACCACACCACCACGCCAUGCAAGCCACGCCACGCAAGCAUACACACACAGAGGCAGGGCAGGGUAGCUGACGAGUCGAAUCAACCAAUGAAUGUGCUGUGCGAGUGAGUGGGGAGGAGGGGAAAAAAUGGCCAACCCUUUUCUCGGCGGUCGAUCGACAGCAGGCAUGGCAUAGCAUGGAUGCGAUGCAACUCACCUCGCCUCCACACAGGCAUACACACACAGAUAAAAACACCAUUAGUGACCGACUACCUGGCUGGCUGACUACCUGGGGCGGGGUGGCUGGACGCACGCAAAAUAGCUAGCUGCCAGCCACCGCAUAUAAGAUACGAGUGCAACAUUCAUUCGUUGUUAAUAAAGAGAUCACGAAAGGCACACAAAAUACAGACAGACUGACAGACAGACAGACAGCUAGGGAAGGAAGCAUAGGAAGACUACCGUCACACCACACCACAUGAACCCAUUGCAGCGCCAUCCCUGCUGACGAAAAGCGUCCGCAGGGAUGGCGCUGCAUUGCACUGCACCCAGCCAGGCACCGACAGGCCUGCCUGCCGAUUGAGGAUCGGCUAAGCGAUGCACGCCCCCCGCAGCAGAGUGCCGCCAUGAUUGCCUUGCGGACACAAGUUCGACAUGAAGUUGAAGAGGAAAAAUAAACUCAGCCACCCCACACAGACGCUCCAAAAGAACAGGUAGCAUGUAAAUCGACCCUCCCAAGCCGUAAUCAGCCCCCCAGCCGUGUCGCGAUGCUCCAUGAUGGGCGCCAGCCGGAAAUUCUCGCCCGCCCUGGCGGUCGCCAGGCCCUUGUGCCCCUCAAACAGCAGGAAGGCACUCGACCCCGCCGCAGACCGCCGGUCGCUCGAUGACGCUGCGGGGGCAGGGUGCGUACCAAGAGAUGACGCACUAGGCCGCCUGCCCUCACGGCUGCUCAUGCUCAGGGUGAGUGAGUCGGCGGGCGUUGGCCGACUCCCGCCCGUGGACUGGCUUGUGAAGGGGGUGUCUGCUGGCGGGAAUGGAGGCGGGGAGGGUGAGAUGGGCGGCAGGGAAGAAGCGAUGUCGCCGGGAUGGUGAGUGGGGGAGCCUGGGUGUGCGGUCAGGAUGGGCGGGGGGAGGGGUGGGGGUGAGGGGGGCUCGUCAGCCACGUCGUCAGGGGGCACCGGCGGCUGGCUAUCGAUGAAGAGCGACAGCUGACGCCUUGGCUUCUUCUUGGCCGGCUGUUGGGUGGCGCUGCUGCUGCCCAGGUCGCCUCUGAGAGUCUCAGGGGGGAUGUCGGACGGACUGAGCGACUCCCACGCCUCGCUCUCCUCCUGGCUCAUCUCCAGCGCCACAUCAGCCUCUCCCUCUCCCUCUGCACCAACGCCAGCACCGGUGUCGGUGUGUGCCGCCUCUUUCUCUCUCUCCUCCUCCAUCUCCAUCUGCCACGUACUGCGGGGCAGAGCGAGGGGCCGCAUCCUGUACCGCCGCUUCUUCUUGUGGUUGUUGUGUGCUCCGUUGCCCUCGCUGAAUGAAGUGAUCCAUGAGGCCGGAAUGCUGACCUCAGACUCGCCCCGCUCGGAUGCGGCGUCUUGGGGGAGAGGAGGAGAGCCGGGCGGCGACAGGGAUGGCAGGGGCUGCUGCUGCUGCUGCUGCUGCUGGGCUGCUGGGGGGGAGGGCUGCAUCCCACACACAAGCCGAUCUGGAAGGAAGAUGAAGAUGAAGUCGCCGAGGAGCUCACCUGCACGUGCAAACAUGUCCAUCCAUUCUUGCACUGCACUGCACUGUACUGCACGUGCACGUGGGUUGGGUGGAGGUGGUCUUACCGACAAUUUGGAUGGCUCCCUGGAUCCACACCAUCGGCAGUGACCACUCAUGUAAGGGGCCCUGAGCGUUGAUGGAGUACAGCCAUAUGACGAGCGGCGCAAGCAAAGUGGCGUAGGUCUCGGAGAGGAAAUGCACCACCGGCACCGUGUCAUAGAAGGCUCUCGACUCCUCGGCGAACAAGAGCUGCAGCAGAGCGAUGGGUGGCCGCCUCGAGUCCUCCUUGUGGCCAUCCCCCUCGCCCAGCUCGUCCUCUGCUUGCUGAUCGGCCCCUCCUUGGUCCUGCUGCCGUUUCUUCUUUCGCUCUCCUUUCUCCUUUUGCAGUGCCGUCAACUGCUCUGCUAGGCUGCCUUGCUGCGGUGCUCUCGCAGACGCGUCACGCUGUGGCUGCUGGCCCGGCGUGGAGGUGGAGGGGGAUGGCAGGGGUGCGGAGCGCCUCUUGUGGCACUUGUGGCAGCAUGGCGGCAUACGUGUGAUGAUGGCCGAGUAGACCCGGACCGCAGCCACGUCCGUCUCCUGGUCAUCGAUAUGGAUGGAGAGUGGACAACACAGCAUCGCAUCAGUCAUGAAUGCUCCUGUGUACCGCCCGCCAUCACGCCCAUAUGGUACGGUACCCAUGCAAAUUUGUGACAACGGAUCUCGAAGACCAAGGCAAGCACUUCUGCCGCAAGACCCGUCCACACGUUCGUCAAGACGCCCUGCAGAAACCGACCUACCACACUGACACAGACACGGACAGAAUGGACACACUGAGAGCCGGUGGGUGCGGGUGGGUGCAGUGAACGCGUCGAUGCGAUGCGAUGCGUACCGUACCUGAAGUAGCAGACGAGUGGGAGGUAGAUGACAUGCCGCCACAGCGGCUGGAUGGUCGUCAACCGGAGGGCGAAGACGCGGCCGAAAAAGAAACACACCUCCGAUAUGAGCACCAGGCAGAGGCGCAGGAUCAGCUUGCCGAGGUCGCUGAGGGUGAGGGCCUGGCCCGUGAUGAUGUUCUGCGAUACGUAGAUGAAGAGAGGCAUCAGCAGCAUGCCACCGAAGGCCCCCCAUCUGCACGCAUCGCAUCGCAUCGCAUCGCAUCGCAUUGGUAGGGCAGGCCAGACCUCUGCUGUGUAUCCUAUCCUAUCCAUCCGGCUGGCUGUCGUGUUCUUCUCAUGCUAACAGCUGUCUUGUCUUACUUACCUUGCGUCUGGUGGGCUCCAGCAGGGCGAUAUGCACCCAAUGUAAGGAAGAAACCUGAGCGAACAACACCAAGCCAAGGAGACUGUUUGUAUCAUGCAGUCAGUAUGCCUGUGUGAGUGAGGGAGUGCCUGUGUAGUGUACGCACGCACGCGAGAUACAGCGGCAGGCGCGCCACAGCGAAGCUGACAUCAUACGGCACAGUGAACCACCUCAAAAGGUACUCAAGCACCACCACCAGGAAACAACCCAAUGUCAGCGCCACGCCCCACUGGUGUAUCCUCCGCCGCCCCGGCAGCUUCGGGUGAAUGACAUGGUUGAGAGCCAUCACCCAGGGGAUAAUAAGGCUGGACCGCACCGCAUCGAUAAGCAUCCCAGCCAGGAAGAGCGACCAGGGGUACCAGUCACGAAUGAGCGUCCCAUCGGUGAGGGCGGGGUCGUACUUGGACCAGUAGGUGAGGGAGAGGCCGGUGCUGUGGAGCUCCCGCAACUCGGCGCCGAAGAAGAUGGAUACGGGCACCUGGAUGAACAUCUGCAUGACGACGGCGAGCAGGGCGUACAGCUGGAUGUGGAACACGCACAGCAGCACCCGACGGCGGCUCUUGCUGCCGUUCUUGACAGAGCCCUCGCCGGUGGCGCGCUGCUCACGGACCGAGCCCUGCCGCUGCACUGGGAGGUCCAU